UGUUGUCAUUCCAUAUUUGGGAGAUCGGGGCUAUGUCGAUAACAGUGAGUGAUAUGUGUGUCACUAUCCGUAGUCGUACUGUUUGAAUGGCCGGAAAUACAGCUAGGCAAGGCUCAAGGUGGACCCAUACUGUCAGAAUUAUAUCAUCACAUGUGAAUAACACUGUGUGGAGUGAGAGGUCAGCUCCCCAGUUGGCCGCCAGAAGUCACCUGCUGUGGGUCCAGGAUAGCUACAGACCGCAGCUCGCUGUGAUAAGCAAAUUCAUUGUAUUCACUUGCAACGAAACUCGGUCACUUCAGUGAAUGGAUUCGGGAUUGUCUACCUGCGGAUAUACAUACACACCCACGUAAAGGUACGUGGGACGUUUUCCUUCCGCCUCGGUGUCAUUGUUUUAUCAGUGAAACGUUUGUGAGAAUUUCGCUACACACCAUGCCGGCGGUCAGUGUUGGCUUGGCUGCGUUAAUCGUUGUACCUUGAUACACCUGACUGAUUCGGCGUCCCCCCAAUGUAAGGCUAUGGGAGGGGGAGCUUCCGUACAAGUUCUCAUGGUCGGAUUAGACACUUCUGGGAAAACUACGAUAUUGUAUCGGCUGAAAUUCGGCCAAUAUAUGAACGCAAUACCAACAGUUGGUUUCAACUGUGAAAAGGUCGAAGGAAAAUGUGGCAAAGUUAAAGGAGUGACGUUCACGAUUUGGGACGUCGGAGGAAAGGAUAAUAUGAGGCCGUUGUGGAAAUCAUACUUACGCUCGGCGGAUGGGAUUAUAUUUGUUGUGGACAGCAGUGAUAAAGAGAGAAUGGAGGAAGCGAGAAUUGAACUUAUGAAGUUUGUUAAGUCCCAAAACACUCACGGUCUACCGUGCCUCGUCAUAGCGAAUAAACAGGAUUUACCCGGAGUGCUAGAACCGUCGGAGAUAGAGACAAUGUUAUCACUCUCCGAUAUCUCCCGGUCUCAGUUAUGUGAAUUGGCUUCGGCCUGUGCUGUUACAGGGGAAGGUCUCCCCGAAGCGAUGGACACAAUGUAUGAAAUGAUAAAGAAAUGGAAAAAGGGCAAAUCAGGGAAAAUAGGGAGGUGACAGAAACAUACACGUGUUAGUGAUUCGUAUCUGCUUAUCGUGCACUUCCAAAGCUCGGCGACUGUCGGCGUCACUAGCGAGUAUUGUGCUAUCUUCCACACUCCGUCAUGACGACAACGACGAUGGCAACAUCACAACAACAUCGACAUCAGCUUCGUCAAUUCCUCAUGCGGGACCAAUGUCGUUGUGAUUACCUCACAUCAAAUAUGUUACGUGUUAGACAAGAAGAUCUGUGUUCACAUUGUUGAAUGUGUGUCGUUAGUUUGAGAUCAUAAUCACGUACAGUCCUACUACAACGAUUCAGGAAUAUAUAGUUCUAGAAAUCCCAUGUGUCAAGUAUUAGCCGCUGGAUUGUAUCUAGCGGUCACUCGCUGACUGACCAGUGCUGGUCACUGUUUAGAUCAUUGUAGCUGCAUUCGUGUAUGUUGCAGUGGAACGUUGCUGACACCCCUGCCAAUCAACAACUGACAGGUCACGUGCUUGUGUGCUGAUAUUCUGGUGAUAUUUGUGUUUUUCGUACAUUUCAGUUCAACAACAUGCUAGAUUCAAGAUGGUGCAUUAAUACUCGUCAUCUUAAAUUUUAAAUUGACAUUCCAAUGUUUUGACUCAAACUACCUUUGAAAUUAUUUUCAAAGGCAUGCAAUAUUAUUAUUUAAUAAACGUAUUUAAUCCUU